GCCACAAGCCCUGGUGCAAGCACUGACAUAAAUGUUAAGAAAAUUGCAAGUAUUGGUGAUGUUUGUGAAUCUAUGAAACAGCAGCUCUUAGUCUUGGUGGAAUGGGCGAAAUAUAUUCCUGCAUUCUGUGAAUUACCAUUGGAUGAUCAGGUGGCACUGUUAAGAGCGCAUGCAGGAGAACAUUUACUGCUUGGAGCUACAAAGAGAUCCAUGGUGUAUAAAGAUGUUUUGCUUCUGGGAAACAACUACGUUAUUCAUCGCAAUAGCUGUGAAGUUGAGAUCAGCCGUGUGGCCAAUCGGGUUCUAGAUGAACUGGUUCGACCGUUUCAAGAUAUUCAGAUCGAUGACAAUGAAUACGCUUGUUUGAAGGCGAUUGUAUUUUUUGACCCAGAUGCAAAAGGGCUAAGUGACCCAGUGAAGAUUAAGAACAUGCGGUUCCAAGUGCAGCUCAGCUUAGAGGACUACAUCAAUGACCGACAGUACGACUCCAGGGGGAGGUUUGGAGAACUACUUCUGCUCCUGCCCACCCUGCAGAGCAUCACCUGGCAAAUGAUUGAGCAGAUACAGUUCGUUAAACUGUUUGGGAUGGCGAAAAUUGACAACCUACUUCAGGAAAUGUUACUGGGGGGUGCUUCCAAUGAUGCUAACCAUCUCCAUCAUCCAAUGCACCAACAUUUGUCUCAAGAUCCAUUAAAUGGACAAACUCUCCUUUUAAGUCCCAUGUCAAACCUUGUUCAUACAGAUCAGAUACCAACACCUGAAACCCCACUUCCUUCCCCACCACAAGGUUCUGGUCAAGAACAGUACAAAAUAGCUGCCAAUCAAGCUUCAGUCAUUUCACACCAGUCUCUCUCCAAGCAAAAGCAAUUGUGA